AGGCGCGUAGAGAUGAGCUAAAUAAGCUAGCUUAAAAAUUAAAACUUCGUUUUUCAAACAUUUAGACGUGUCAGUUUGUGUGUCAAAUUUUAGUCUUAAAACGUCAAAAAGACUACAGAAGAAAAGUUAAUUGAAGUCGUCAUGGGAUUUGAUGCAUCAAUCUGCUAUUAAAACACGUUAUUAGGCUAGUAAUCGUCUUCACUAACAUAACCUCACAUUUUGCACUAUUGAUUAGCCUCUAUUACUUGAAAAAAAAAAGAUUUGUACUACGUACAAUGCACGAGUAUGCAUUGGUCUAACUCUGCACGUUUGAUCUCAACGCUAUAGAAACAUUUUCCAUUUUGUUUAGAUGACAAAUGUUGUUCAGAUUGUGCCUUAAGCUUACCUUUUUCCUUGGUUUUUUUGCGAUGUACAAUACUUUUAAUAUCUAACCUACAGUGACGUCAUACGAUGUAAUAAAACCCCUUCUUUCUCUGCCACUCUCUCUUUCUCGUCAAGCUUCCGCACGCCUAAAACUAUGCAAAGUUCAGCGGGUUUUUCGGUGUGUCACUGAAACGCCGUGUUCGGUCGGUGUGCUACACCAUCCCAGUGGCUUAGAAGCAUGCCGAGGGAACAACAACAACCCCGAAGCGAGGGCGGGUGAGGGAUAUAUUCUAUGCCCCAAAAAUAGACAUCCAUUGAACCGUACCGGGCACCGAUUGGGGCCGAUGGUUUAAUGGGAAGACUACAUAGUGGAUGGUCAUGUGGUCUUCAUCGCAUUUUGCAAAAAAAAAUAACCCCACAUAAUGAGCUGCACCGGAUGCGUUGUCUAAAAGCAAUACCUUCCUUUGUCGCUUUACUCCCCCUUCUCUCCCUAGCCCUUUUAAAGUAUCAAUGUUUCGAAACAGUUUUUCUUUCAUCUCGCCACCAGGUUAAUUGUGAUAGCGGAAAGAAAAUGGGGAACUACACAAUGGUGACUCAUUCCAGCCUUUCCUCCCUUCUGUUUGCCUUUCCCUUGUGGUCUGCUUUAGGGCUAGAUUUAUUACAGAAAAUAUCGUACCGAUGAUGACGGACAUACCACUCCACGUGUGUGUGUAGGUGAGGAACGGGAAAAGGGAAGCGUUUUUGUCGGAUCAAUGCAUAACCUCAAAGUUCGAACUCGCAUCACACCUGGGCAGGGUUCUGUAGGAGCGGAACCGAUGCGACGCAGUAGUGCUAUCGUAACAGGUCGUAAACAGUACGUAAUCAGCAGUAAAUUAUGCUUCGGAAGCAAAGCCAAAAUCAAAACAAAAAAAAACAUUACAACCUGUGCUCCUUCCUGGUUUCGUUCAUAUUUUUUUUUGUUUUAUUGCGGAAAUGUCUGUAAAUGGCGUCGAAACGUCAUCAACGUCAUAAGAAUGAAGUUAUUAAUGUGAAAACUUUUUGAUAUGGUUAAUAGCUGUUACAAGCGGUAAACAAAUUCCAAAACACACACCCAUGCACAGAAGAGGAAAAAAGUGGUUGAAAUUUUUUAAUUUAUUGGCAAAGCAAUCAAUUAGCAGUGAUUCGUGAUUUGGGCAAUUCGGGACUAAUAUCAAUCAUAGCGUGCGUUACAUUUCCGAAAGGGUCGAUUUUGGAUUCUUUUUUGAGCAAAUAAAUCACCUUAAUCGUGCUUAAUAUAUCCACCACUUUCCGCUUGUUUCGUCGCAUUCUUCCCUAAUCGCUUCUAUUUCUCUCUCGCUUUCGCUUCUUUUCUUUUCCCUAGGGGUGUAAUCCAUUCCCUACACCCUCUCUUCUCACUGACCCCCUCUAACUCCGCCUACCCCCACCACUCGCUGCCUCCCUUUGGUCAAUCCAAUCUUGUGGCGCUAUCUUAAGCCUCUCCACAGCCGUCGACGUGAUUUCAUCGAUUCGUCGAUCAGUCACUCGCGCCUUCUAAUCAGCGGUUCGAUCCUUAUCUGGCGGGAUUUGUACGGGCUCUCCGUCAGCGCAGCCGUAACGUUUGUGUGCGAACGAACGCCCACUAAUGCGGUGCGUAGAGCCCAAAUGGUUGUCCAAAUUCCCGGACGGCUCGGCGUUGGGGUGGAGGGUGAGGUGAAUGUGUUGUGACGACCAAACCACAAAAGUAUGACCACAACUACCAUCAGGUGAGUACCGGUUCAAAAACAAAAAACAAAUCGGUAAGAAGUGAGCAAAAUAGUACUAGCACGGAUCGUUCAGGCGGUCAGUGUAACGCGACAGGCAGCAGCCAGCAGAGUGGUACAACGGUUCGCUGUGCUUCUGGUUCGCUUGUCUAAGACGGAGAAAUCCCAGCACAGUAGCUGUGUGGCUGUUGCAGCGUUCUUGGGUUCUACGGUUCGAGCUAAAACCGUACCUGGAAGUCUGACGUGCUUUAAACGUACCACAAGACGCUCGUGAGUGUUGUCGCGCAGGAGUAGUAGACAAAGCAGCAUCAUGAACACAGCAACGUCCGAUAUACCGGGCGAUGUGGAACCGGUUACUCAACGGGUGAAUGACUCUACCGAACCAAAUCAGUUGCAGAGUACCGGAUAUAUAACGCUCACCGUACCGUCGAUCGUGGAAGAUCUGCAGGACCCGGAUGGACGACCGUCAACACCGAACACCUAUCAAAAGCGUCCCGCCUCGGUAUACUCGACCGGUAGGGCACCACCAAUCAUCCGUGCCGUCUCGUAUCAACCGUCCAUCGCAGCCACCUCGGCGCACAACUCCACCGACCAUCACGUACCGCCACCGUCGACGGCAAAGGAAAAGUCCAAGUUUACACGCCGCUAUCUGGCCGGCGUUACCGGCAUCAGUUACGCCCUGUUUCUGAUCGUGUUCGGUCUGAUCGCGUUCAUAACAGAUGCGGUGGAGAACAAUGCGCGUUACCCUCUGGCGGAAGUGUUUGCUCUGUACAUGGUCGCAACCGGUAUCGUUUACUUCGUCUUUCUGUACAUCGACAUUAGGCUGUAUGUGCGGCGCGCACAGAAAGCACUGGAAGAGUUACAGCGCCGCCGACAGCUGUACGAGGAACAGAUGGAAUCGGUAACGCUUGGUAACGGUGGUGGUCCACUGGAGCUGCCCGGUGCGACAACCCGCCCGACUCAACCGGCCUGGGAGUUACCACCUCUGAAACCGAUCCGGCACGAUUACUGCUUCGUGACGGGGCGUCACGGGGAAAUUAUCUACCUAAAGCUCGGUGCCACCUGGUUCUGCUUUGGGCUGCUCAUACACACGGUACUGCUGCUCUCCUACCAGGGCAUCCUGAUGAACAGCCGGGACGGUAAAUGGGCCCAGUGUGCAUCCAACACCACCAUUGCGAUGGAGGUGUUGUUUCUCUUCUACUGUCUGUUUUUGGUGUUUUUCUUCUGGAAGUAUGCAAAUAUCGUCAUCAACCGGUACCGUGGGUUGGCCCGGUUCGGUAUUAUGCACGCCAUCGGUACGGCACUUGCCUUCUGGGUGCUGACGAUCGUACGCGAAACAGUCGUUGCGAUAAGGAUCAAGCAGUCAUACUACGACGAUGAUGCCCCCUCCGUGGAGGCGUUUGUUGCUGGUGACGACCGUGAUGCAUCUCUUCUCGCACCAGCUGAUUGUCCCGGUCCGGAGGAGCUUAACCAAGUGCUGGCAUCAUUCUCACCCUACCUUUACCCGUUUGUGAUUGAGUUUAACAUUCUAAUCGUUGGGCUGCUGUAUAUGAUCUACGCCAACAUUAGCAAAUGCCCGAAGAAGAUAACGGUCAAGGGACACAAGGGACACCAUCAUCAUACAGAUGGACAGACAUCGAAAGCCGGUGGCAGUGUGAUGGACUUUGAUGGGAAAAGUGAGUGCAGUGAGCACUGUAACGAUACGCUGGACCAUGAGGCACAGGUGAAGUCGCGACUGGUAGUGUACGGUGACUGUCAACAUGCUAGCCGUGGGCUGUUUGCUGGCUUAAUACUGGUCGUCGCCACCAUCGUGGUCAUCAUACUCUUCCACAUAGCGUCACGUGAUGAUGAUUAUCGUGAUACGGGCAUCCUGCUGGAUGGUAUCUUCGAGGUGACAGUACUCGGCAUCAUGAUCGUCGCAACCGUUGCCGCUUAUUUUCAAACGUCUCGGCUCGAUAUCAAUCCGCACCCGAUAUCGCGGCUGGAUGAUGUGCUGCUGUUCAUUGCCAUUCCUGCCUUCUUCUCCGAGACGCUGUUCAGCAUGAUACCGGCAUUCGAGAACAACUCGAUCCUGAAUGGCUUCAUCGUGUUUACGCAGAUUGUACAGGUGCUGCUGCAGACGCCGUGGAUCUGUGAUGCGCUUCGACGGUGUUCCAACACCGAGGAGCUGCAGCGUAAAAAGCCGGGCAAGGAGCUGGUCACCUUCAUGACGAUUGCGAACGUGUCGCUGUGGGUGUACUACACCUUCUCGGUGAAAACGGGCGAUUUCGGUGACGAGCGGUACGAGUACUACGGUGAUGUGCUGUGGUCGAUACUGAACCAUCUGUCGCUGCCGCUCAUCAUGUUCUACCGUUUCCAUUCGUCGGUGUGUCUGGUCGACAUAUGGCGUCAUUCGUACGAACCUGGCGAGAUGGCACACUGAGGUAGGAACAAAGGGGGCUUUGGAGGGAAGGUGUGGGUUGCCCGACCACGCAGUACCCACUCAUCUGUACCGCGGAAAACACAGACAAAAGUAUUAUCCAGUUUAUUAUUAGUAGGCUUAACGUUUGGUAGUUUCGAAGUAAUCGUACUUGCACCGCUAGGGAUGCAGUCGAUAGGGUUAGGAUUAUAAGAUCACCUCGCAAGCGAAGGCGUUAGCGUGCGUUCGAUGUCAGACGGGAGAAGCGUACGUUAAGCGCAGGCCCUGCUGACGUCUGCCGCGCUCACGUGAAGCUUCACUUCCUGCAUGACACUCGUACGUAACAAUAUACGUAAAACAACAACAACAAACAAGAGGUGCUAAAGACAACCAAGACAACACCAGACAACGUAGCGGAUUAGGGAUAAAACCCUCCGUACUCUGGGAUUUUCUUAACUAAAAAAAAAUUUGGUCGGGGAUGAAGGUUUUGUUUCCGUAAUCCCAGGGGCAGGUUUUAGCAAGAGAGUAGACAACGCAUAACACUAAGAUACCGGACACAAUCGGAAAAAUGAUAACAAAACAAAAAAAUCGAAGAAAACCAUUUAAACAAAA